GAAAAUGUUGGAGGAAAGGCAGUGUGUUUACUUCCGGCCACCCUGAGCGCGAGAGCGAGAGAGAGCGCUUGUGUGUCUCUCGCCCGCCGAGGCUGGUUGGCUGAGUGGACCCGGCGGGCGCUGCCUUGGGGGCGGGAACCCAGCGGAGCCGCCCGGAGCAGCAGCAGGAGGAAGACGAGGCGGCGGCGGCGAAGAAAGAAGAAGAAGAAGUAGCCGCCGAAGUAGCAGCCGCCUCCUCCUCCGCCUGAGGGAGGAGAGAACGGGGCGCCAGGCAGGAGAAGGUCCGGUGCGGGACAGGCGCCACCCAUGAGCCGCCUCAGAGGCCGGAGCGGACGGUGAGGAGAGGAGCUCAGGCGGGCAGGCAGGGACGCAGCCGGAGCCGCCUGCUUGCUCGCCCGGCCCAGCACCGCGGCGGCGCAAGGCAGCAGGCGGCGUCAUGGACUGGCUCAUGGGGAAAUCCAAGGGAAAACCAAAUGGUAAAAAGCCAGCACCAGAAGAAAAGAAACUCUACCUAGAGCCGGAAUACACGAAGUCAAGGAUUACUGACUUUGAAUUCAAAGAGUUAGUCAUGCUACCACGGGAAAUAGACCUUAAUGAAUGGCUAGCUAGCAACACAACAACCUUUUUCCACCAUAUCAAUUUACAAUAUAGUACAAUCUCUGAAUUUUGUACGGGAGAUACAUGUCAGACCAUGGCAGUGUGCAAUACACAAUACUACUGGUAUGAUGAGCGGGGAAAGAAAAUCAAGUGUACUGCUCCUCAAUAUGUUGACUUCGUCAUGAGUUCAGUGCAGAAGCUAGUAACAGAUGAGGAUGUCUUUCCUACAAAAUAUGGCAAGGAAUUCCCCAACUCUUUUGAGUCUCUAGUGAAGAAGAUCUGCAAGUACCUGUUUCAUGUGCUAGCCCACAUCUACUCCUCACACUUCAAGGAAACGUUGGCACUGGAGCUGCAUGGACAUUUGAACACACUCUACAUACACUUCAUCCUAUUCAUCAGGGAGUUCAACCUGGUGGACCCUAAAGAAACCACCAUCAUGGACGACCUCACGGAGGUCCUCUGUAGCACCAGUGGGAGCAGCAGCAGUAAUGGGAGCGGCAACGGCAGUGGUGGCAGCGGCAGCAGCAGCAGCGGCGCAGGAGCACAGAACCAUGUGAAGGAGAGAUGAGUCCCAGCAGGAGCAAAACUAAUGCUAACAUUUUUUUAAAAAAAACAAAACACUCUAUAUUCUUUGUGUGUAUGUAUAUGUGCAUAUUGUGUAUAUAUAUACAGACAUACACAGCCAUGACAGUUUAAGCAAUUAUGCUGCCACCACAGGACAUGUAGACGUAUGGAGCUUUCGUUUAAAUGCAUCAUCCUUGGCGAGAAGUUGCACCAGUUCUAUUUUAUUUUUUUCCUUCUCCCUUCUUUCUUUUUCUCCCCUAUCAGAUGGAUGAUGAGUGCUGUUUUUAGAGAAGAACCACAUUUUUUUUUGAGUUGGGCUACCGCUUUGUCUUCUUUUGUUCUGCCCACUUCCCCUCUCCCUUGGUGGGGUGGGGGUGGGGGAGUCCUUUAAUGCAAGCCCCUUCUGUCUGUCUCUCUCUCUAGGAUGGUGGUACUGCCAUUUUAUAAAUGUUAUAAGAAGUGACUUUUACUUGUAAAGUGGCUUAAGAUGCAGAUAUUUUGUUUUGGGGGUGGGGGAGGGCUUGAGAUUUGUCUUGUUUC